CAUCUUUUGCCUGCUAAAUAGACACACCCUCCACCCUCUUUUAGUAAAUCUUCCACAGAAUUAGAUAAGGAGAAAUAACCCUUUGUUUCACAUCCGCUGACUCAGAUACUGAGCAUUAUUCAACUGGGUAGGGGUUGGCAGUGGAGAGAAGGGGGCUGAGCAAACUACAAGUGGAGGAAGAAGAGGACAGCCUGGGAGAGGGAGGGCAGAAGAAAGGAGAGCACAUUGUGCAGGGGCACCGUAUUUUGCUGUUCCUUUUUUUCUUUCUUUUCUUCAUAUGGCCCUGGCUCACAGCAAGGCCACUACCUGACAAGCAGAUGGGUCACUUCCCAUGGGCGCAGCGUGGAUACAACUUGAUAGCUACAAAACCAGACAACCUCUCGCCAUGCGCUCACCCUGUUCCCAGACCCGGGUGGUGGUUUGGGGGAUUGGAAGGGGCGGGAAGGGCGCUGUCUUAAGAAUCAUCCUCACAUCUCAGGACUUCGCCCCUCUAGGGAGGUGACCCUUGGCCACCCUCUGCGCAGUUCUCCCAGAAAGAUCAUGCCACGUCUUAGCACUCUGAUCCCUGAGCCCCUGCAGGCCUCCCGGAUCGCCCACAAGUCUCGACGAACGCAGGGGGGCGCGGCUGAAGUCAGUCGGGCCGCCCACUUGCUGCACGGCUGCCACGGGACUGGCACAGGAUCCUUGGCAGCAUUAUGUGCACCUGGUAGAGCGGCCGAUUCCGAGGGCGGGAUGGGCCUUCCGAGGUCGGGCCGUGCCCCGCUGGGCAGCGCGGAGAGGAUGUGUAAGGCAUGCGACUUGGAGCCAGGUCCAGUCCCAUCCUGGCUCCUCUCAGGACUCCUUCCCCUCCUCCCAUUCCACCCCAGCCCUGCUGGCUCUCCCGCAGGACCCAGCACCGCGGUAGCUUUCUCUGAACUGCGGCUCAGGGGCUCAGGCGGAGGUGUCACUCCUGUCUCCAGCCCAGGACGGUAGGUCAGGUGAUGCAAAGCGUGCGGCACGAUCUCCCCCCACCUCCAACUCCCUUUUCUCCCGGGUCCACACUGCAGUUCCCAGCGCUCCGGGUGUCCUCCCCAGUGCGCCGCGAUUUUUGUGUCCAAGCCCCACAGUCCCUCUGAGACCAACCCCUAGCCAGCACAGACUUC